ACACCCUACAGAGGCACACAACCGAGAGUGAUAGAGAGAGGGAAAGGCAGGGAAGGGAGAGAGUGGAGAUGAGCGUCUUGUUCCAAUGAAACAUCAAGAAGUGUGACAAUGACAGCGAAAGCCAGACAUAAAGCGGUCCCCUUGCCCCUGGCCCACCGGCUCACCAUGAAGGAGGUGUUUGAUGCCGAGGGCCGGCCGCGGGUGGACCUGCUCAAAGCUCACCUCACCAAGGAGGGCCGACUGGAGGAAGCUGUGGCCCUGCGCAUCAUCGAUGAGGGCGCCGCCAUCCUGCGCCAGGAGCGCACCAUGUUGGACAUUGAGGCGCCAGUCACGGUGUGUGGAGAUAUCCACGGCCAGUUCUUCGACCUGAUGAAGCUGUUUGAAGUGGGAGGUUCUCCUGCCAACACGCGCUACCUCUUCCUGGGGGACUAUGUGGACAGGGGCUACUUCAGUAUCGAGUGUGUGUUAUACCUAUGGUCACUGAAAUCCCUCUACCCAAAGACGCUCUUUCUUCUACGGGGAAAUCAUGAAUGUAGACAUCUGACAGAAUAUUUCACCUUCAAACAAGAAUGUAAGAUCAAGUACUCGGAGCAGGUGUACGACUCCUGCAUGGAGGCGUUUGAUUGCCUGCCCCUGGCAGCCCUGAUGAACCAGCAGUUCCUGUGUGUGCAUGGGGGGCUUUCACCAGAGAUCCACACGCUGGACGACAUCAAGAAGUUGGACCGAUUCAAGGAGCCCCCGGCGUUUGGACCCAUGUGCGACCUGCUGUGGGCCGACCCCCUGGAAGACUUUGGCAACGAGAAGACCCAGGAGUACUUUGGCCACAACACAGUGAGAGGCUGCUCCUAUUUCUACAGUUACCCGGCAGUGUGUGAGUUCCUACAGACCAACAACCUGCUGUCAAUCAUCAGAGCGCAUGAAGCACAGGAUGCUGGGUAUCGUAUGUACAGGAAGAGUCAGACUACAGGCUUCCCCGCUCUCAUCACAAUCUUCUCUGCUCCAAACUACCUGGAUGUCUACAACAACAAAGCGGCGGUGCUGAAGUAUGAGAACAACGUGAUGAACAUCCGUCAGUUCAACUGCUCUCCUCACCCCUACUGGCUGCCCAACUUCAUGGACGUCUUCACCUGGUCGCUGCCUUUCGUGGGAGAGAAGGUGACUGAAAUGCUGGUCAACGUCCUAAGUAUCUGCUCCGACGACGAACUCAUGAACGACGGAGAGGAGAUCUUCGAUGCCAGUGCAGCAGCAGCCAGGAAAGAGGUGAUCAAAAACAAGAUCCGAGCCAUCGGGAAGAUGGCUAAAAUGUUCUCUGUUCUACGGGAGGAGAGUGAGAACGUGUUGACCCUGAAGGGACUGACUCCUACAGGCAUGCUGCCCAGCGGCGUGCUCUCUGGGGGAAAACAAACCCUGCAGAGCGCUACCAUUGAGGCCAUUGAAGCCAUCGAGACAGUUAAGGACGCUGAAGCCAUCCGAGGCUUCUCUCCGCAGCACCGGAUCAGAAGCUUCGAGGAGGCCAAAGGUCUGGAUCGGAUCAACGAGAGGAUGCCUCCGCGCCGCGAAGCCGUCAACAGCGUGGGGCUGUCGAUGGGCCGCAUGAACAUUGGAGAGCCCAACGGGACCGACAGCAACAGCAAUAUACAGUGAUGGACACACUCUCCCACAGACACACACCUGCAGAUACAACACCUCUGAUAUGGUACCCAAUUUACAGAUACGUGUACAUAAGCAUAUAUAAAAAAGCACCACACACACACAGUAUAACAUAUAGGCUACAGAUAACACACACACACGAUUAACUACCCCAUUCCCGUUGCCCUCAGCUGUAUCUAAAGGCAUGGUUGACCCGGACUUUACCACCAAAAGGCUGAGUCUCUUCACCGGAGUGAUCGGCCCUAUUUCAAGAACUACAACUCCCAUGUACCUGCACAACAACAAUGAAAGGAACUACAAAAACACUCCCCGUGCGGAACAGGAGGAGCUGCUGUGCACCGUGUACGUUGGUGACAACCGACGGAUCGACAGUGUCAGCAUGACGUAGCUGUGUCGGUGGUGUGUGUUGUGUCAGGAGUGUCUGCACGUGGAGGAGGGGGGGGUAAUCAAGGGAUGGGGCGCUUAUGGCGCAUUUCCACUACAGCGCGGAUUGCGGUUUAAGCGUGCCGUGCCCGGCCCGUUUUUGGUUGCGUUUCCACUAAGGCGUAGUUCCGGCUAGCGGGUACUUUUUCACAGUUUUUCUGGCUCUCCAAAUCGAGGUUCUUUCCGGG